AUGACACCCAACAUUGAUCGUGCCCUCGAACUAAUCGACGAGGCCCAUGCUCAAGACCCCAGAAAGACAGAGUCAAACGAACCAUACGAGCUACACUACGCGCAGCGCAUGACACACUACCUCGACUUGCACACACCCGACGCAUCUCCUCUCUUACGUACCGCCGUCCGAGCUCAGCAUUUCCGCCGCUGGGAAGUCCCUCGCGACACAUACCCCAAGACCAAGCCUGGCUACUUCGCCUGGCGCACCUUCCUGAAGAAAAGACAGGCACAACAGGUCAAGGAGAUAUGCCUACAAUGUGACUUUACCGAAGAUGAAGCCAGUAAAGUCGCGGCCUUGAUCGCGAAAGAAGAGCUGAAGAAGGGCGAGGGUAGGGGAGAUGCUGAGGCUCAGGUACUGGAGGACUGUGCCUGUCUGGUCUUUCUCGAUGACCAGUUUGACCACUACGAGACAAAGUGGAAGGUAGAGCAUGAUAGCGAAGAGGACGCUGAUAAGAAAAUGGUUGCUAUUUUGCAGAAGACGUGGGUCAAGAUGGGAAAGAGGGGCCAGGAGCUUGCUUUGCAGCUUGAUCUGAGUGAGAAGGCAAAGGAGCUUGUUGGUCAGGCACUUGCUCAGCAGCCUAGUCCUACGGCUCAGGAGAAUGUCUGA